AUGGCAACUCACAAUAUCGUCGUAUUUGGUGGAGAUCAUUGCGGACCAGAGGUCGUGGCCGAGGCCGUUAAGUGCUCUAUCGACGCAACCGGCGAACCUCUGACUGCAAAAGCCCUCGAGGCCGCAAAGGCAGCCGACGCCGUCCUCCUCGGUGCGAUCGGUGGUCCAAAAUGGGGCACUGGAAAGGUCAGACCAGAGCAAGGCAUCCUGGCCUUGCGCAAGGAGAUGGGUACCUAUGGAAACCUCCGACCAUGCAACUUUGCCUCCGAAUCCCUGGUUGAUAUCUCGCCCCUGAAGGCGGACGUAUGCCGAGGAACGGACUUCAACAUCAUCCGCGAACUGACUGGAGGGAUUUACUUCGGCGAGAGGAAAGAAGACGACGGCGAUGGAACUGCAUGGGACACAGAGGCUUAUUCCCGCCCAGAAGUUGAGCGGGUUACCCGGCUCGCCGCCCACCUGGCACUGCAACACGACCCCCCCUUGCCAGUCUGGAGUCUCGAUAAGGCGAACGUCCUCGCAUCAAGCAGACUGUGGAGGAAGGUCGUGAGCGAAGUCAUGGCGAAGGACUUCCCGCAGCUGAAACUCGGACAUCAUCUUAUUGACAGCGCUGCUAUGUUGAUGGUUAAGAAUCCCCGCGCGCUAAAUGGGAUUGUGGUUACAAGCAAUUUGUUUGGCGAUAUUAUUAGUGAUGAGGCGAGUGUUAUCCCAGGAAGUAUUGGGCUUUUGCCCAGUGCCAGUUUGAGCGGUUUGCCAGAUGGCAAGGGGAAGUGUAAUGGUAUUUAUGAACCUAUUCACGGCUCCGCACCAGAUAUUUCCGGCCAAGGAAUCGUCAACCCCGUCGGAACCAUUCUCUCCAUUGCCAUGAUGCUCCAAUACUCGCUAGGACUCCCUGCCGAAUCCAAAGCAGUCGAGGAAGCUGUCCGCAGAACUAUCGAGAAGAACGUCCGUACGAAAGACAUUGGGGGCUCGAAUAGCACGACGGAGGUUGGUGACGCCGUAGCGCAGGAGUUGAGGAGCGUGUUGAAGGAAAUUUAA